UGUGUGUGUGUGUGUGUGUGUGUGUGUGUGUGUGUGUGUGUGUGUGUGUGUUUCCAGGUGAAAUGUUGUAAGUAUUGGCCUGAUGACACAGAGAUCUACAGAGACAUGAAGGUGACGCUGAUAGAAACACAACUGCUGUCUGAAUACGUCAUCAGAACCUUCGCUGUGGAAAAGCGAGGAGCUCAUGAGAUCAGAGAGAUCAGACAGUUUCAUUUCACCGGCUGGCCCGAUCACGGUGUGCCGUAUCACGCUACAGGACUGCUGGGAUUCGUGCGCAGAGUUAAAGCCAAGAAUCCAGCCAACGCCGGACCCAUGGUGGUCCACUGCAGCGCUGGAGCGGGGCGUACCGGCUGCUUCAUCGUCAUUGAUAUUAUGCUGGACAUGGCGGAGCGUGAAGGUGUGGUGGACAUCUACAACUGUGUGAGAGAACUGAGAUCACGUCGAGUAAACAUGGUUCAGACUGAGGAGCAGUAUGUGUUCAUACAUGACGCCAUCUUGGAGGCGUGUCUUUGUGGAGACACAACAAUUCCAGCCAAUCAGCUUCGUUCAAUCUAUUAUGACAUGAACCGCUUGGAUCCCCAAACCAACUCCAGUCAAAUCAAAGAGGAGUUCAGA